GCGCGCGCUCCAAGAUGGCGGCGGCGGCGGCGGGGCCCGAGUCCGGCGGCAGCAGCGGCAGCAGCGGCGGCCUCGGCGGAUCCAACACCUUCAAAAAGUCCCUGACUCCUGAGAUGCCAGGAGGAUCCCAGACCAUCCGGAAAGGCCACAGAGGAGUGGAUUCCACGGGGGAAACCACCUACAAAAAGACGACGUCGUCGGCGCUGAAGGGCGCCAUCCAGCUGGGCAUCACGCACACCGUGGGCAGCCUGAGCACCAAGCCCGAGCGCGACGUGCUCAUGCAGGACUUCUACGUCGUGGAGAGCAUCUUCUUCCCCAGCGAGGGCAGCAACCUGACGCCCGCCCACCACUACAACGAUUUCCGCUUCAAGACCUACGCGCCCGUGGCCUUCCGCUACUUCCGGGAGCUCUUCGGCAUCCGCCCCGACGACUACCUGUACUCCCUGUGCAGCGAGCCCCUGAUCGAGCUCUCCAACUCGGGCGCCAGCGGCUCGCUGUUCUACGUCAGCAGCGACGACGAGUUCAUCAUCAAAACCGUGCAGCACAAGGAGGCCGAGUUCCUGCAGAAGCUCCUGCCCGGAUACUACAUGAACCUGAACCAGAACCCGCGCACGCUGCUGCCCAAGUUCUACGGGCUGUACUGCGUGCAGGCGGGCGGCAAGAACAUCCGCAUCGUGGUGAUGAACAACCUGCUGCCGCGCUCGGUGCGCAUGCACCUCAAGUACGACCUCAAGGGCUCCACCUACAAGCGCCGCGCCUCGCCCAAGGAGCGCGACAAGGCCUUCCCCACCUUCAAGGACCUGGACUUCAUGCAGGACCUGCCUGACGGGCUCUUCCUGGACGCCGACAUGUACAACGCGCUCUGCAAGACGCUGCAGAGGGACUGCCUGGUGCUGCAGAGUUUCAAGAUCAUGGAUUACAGCCUGCUGGUGGCCAUCCACAGCCUGGACCAGGCGCAGCGCGAGCGCGCGGCCGCCGGAGCCCCCCGGGACGGCGACGGCGACCGGGACCCCCGCGGGCGGCCGGCGGCGCAGAGAGCGCUCUACUCGACGGCCAUGGAGUCCAUCCAGGGCGAGGCGCGGCGGGGCGGCACCAUCGAGACCGAUGAUCAGAUGGGCGGAAUUCCCGCCCGGAAUUCCCGGGGGGAGCGGCUGCUGCUCUACAUCGGCAUCAUCGACGUCCUGCAGUCCUACAGGUUCGUGAAGAAGCUCGAGCACUCCUGGAAGGCCCUGGUGCACGAUGGGGACACGGUGUCCGUGCACCGGCCCAGCUUCUACGCCGAGCGCUUCCAACGCUUCAUGUGCCACACGGUGUUCCACAGGAUCCCACUGAAGCCGUCCCCGUCCAAGAAGAGCCGCGGCGGCGCCGCCGUGCCCAGGAGGAGCUGCCAGGGGGGGACCCCGGCCCCGAACCCGGCCCCGAACCCGAACCCGGCCGGGGGCGACGCCAGGGCCCCCCCGGGCCCCGACGGGGACCCCGAGCAAGGCUCCCGCCCGGACCUGCUCCCGCGCUCGGUGCCGGACGCCGCCGGGGCCGCGCUGGCUCCGUCCCUGUCCCUGUCCCUGUCCCCGUCGCCGUCCCUGUCCAGCCCCUCCCUGGGCAGCGCCGGAGCCACCUCCCCCCCCAGCAGGUCCGUGGGGGUUGAGGUGCACCCGGGCCCCGCUGCAGCUCCCGCAGCCUCCCUGCCCAGCGGAUCCCCCGGGCCCUCCCUGCCCCUGGAGCUGGAGGAGCUGCCGGAGACCGAGAUCAGCUUUGAAGGAGCCAAGAUGGUUCUGGAGAGCACCAUGGUGUGCGUGGACAACAGCGAGUACAUGCGGAACGGGGACUUCCUGCCGACGCGGCUGCAGGCGCAGCAGGACGCCGUCAACAUCGUGUGCCACUCCAAGACGCGCAGCAACCCCGAGAACAACGUGGGACUCAUCACCCUGGCCAAUAACUGCGAGGUGCUGACCACGCUGACCCCGGACACCGGGCGCAUCCUGUCCAAGCUGCACACGGUGCAGCCCAAGGGCAAGAUCACCUUCGGCACCGGCAUCCGCGUGGCACACCUGGCACUGAAGCACCGGCAGGGCAAGAACCACAAGAUGAGAAUCAUCGCCUUCGUGGGCAGCCCCGUGCACGACAGCGACAAGGACCUGGUGAAGCUGGCCAAGCGUCUGAAGAAGGAGAAGGUCAACGUGGACAUCAUCAACUUCGGGGAGGAGGAGGCCAACACGGAGAAGCUGACGGCGUUCAUCACGGCGCUCAACGGCAAGGACGGCAGCGGCUCCCACCUGGUGACGGUGCCGCCGGGGCCCAGCCUGGCCGACGCCCUCAUCAGCUCCCCCAUCCUGGCGGGCGAGGGCGGCGCCAUGCUGGGGCUGGGCGCCUCCGACUUCGAGUUCGGCGUGGAUCCCAGCGCUGACCCCGAGCUGGCUCUGGCCCUGCGCGUGUCCAUGGAGGAGCAGCGGCAGCGGCAGGAGGAGGAGGCGCGCAGGGCGGCCGCGGCCUCGGCGGCGGAGGCCGGCAUCGGAGCCACCGGCGGAGAUGAGUCGGACGAGGCCCUGCUCAAGAUGACCAUCGGGCAGCCGGACUUUGGCCGCGCGGGGCUGCCGGACCUGAGCUCCAUGAGCGAGGAGGAGCAGAUCGCCUACGCCAUGCAGAUGUCCCUGCAGGGCGCCGAGUUUGCCCAGGCCGAGGCGGCCGAGGUGGACAGCGGGGCGGCCAUGGACACCUCCGAGCCCGCCAAGGAGGAGGACGACUACGACGUGAUGCAGGACCCCGAGUUCCUGCAGAGCGUGCUGGAGAACCUGCCCGGCGUGGAUCCCAACAACGAGGCCAUCCGCAACGCCAUGGGCUCGCUGGCCUCGCAGGCGCACCGCGAGCAGGGCCGCGAGCCGCGCGAGCCGCACCGCGGCGACAGGAAGGACGAGGAGAAGAAGUGAGAGACGCGGAACCCCGGGAAUUGCGGAGAUAAAUAUGGAAUUAAAGGCAUCUCUUGGGAAUGGUGGGAAUAAAGGAGUUCUUUGGGAGUUACGGGAAUAAUUGAAGGGAGUUUCUUGGGAAUGGGGGGGAGUUGUUGGGUGUUGCGCGAAUAAUAAAGGGAGUGGAAGUGA